AUGGAUCCCUUGAGCAUAAGCAUGGGCGUUCUGGCCUCGUUGCAGGUUGCGUCUUCAAUACUUGCCUUCUGCUAUGAUGUACGCUCAGGGAUGCAAAAGAUUCCUUGGAAAUUGAUACAGAUCAUUGAAGAAGUCCGUGACGUUCGGAACCUGGUUGAAGCUGUCCAGUCAGUAUUCGAUCAUGGAGAUUCAGCUGACUCUCCCGGGCCAGAAUAUGGCAAUGCCUCACUCGAACUUUCCGAGAAGAUCAAGCCUGCACUGGCCACAUGCUUGUCUGAACUUCAGGCCCUCGAGGCUCAUAUCAAACCCGAGCAUGUGGCCGAGCUCUUGGAAUCGAAGAGGAAAGCCUUAUUCAAUUCGAUUUCUUGGAAGUUGAAGCUCAACGACACGAAAAAGUCUAUUGCCAACCUUCAGCGCUGCAAGGAAGGCUUGCAACUAGCUAUCACUUCUCACAAUGCAGUGACGCUGCGUAAUGUUGAACGACUGACCAUUUCGCUUGACUACAAGAUGAACGACUCUCGAGAGCAACUUGAGCGCAUAGAUAGCAAUUUGAGCACGGCAAUCCUUGAUGAACAACAGAAGGCUAUUGUUGACUGGCUUUCUCCUCUGAGACCGGGUCAAGCUCAUAAGAGAGCUCUAAAGUCCCAUCAGAAUGGUACCUCGGAGUGGCUACUUGCUGGCCAAGAGUUCCAGGCGUGGAUGAAAGGGGAACAAAAAUUGUUGUGGCUAACUGGACCCCUGAUGAUGGGCCAAGCCAUCGACUCGAUCGCCGGACUAAACCAGGAGGACUCUCUUUCCGCAUUCGCCUACUGUGACUUCCGUGACCCUGAUACGCAGACCCUGUCCAAUGUAUUGGGGACAAUACUGGCGCAGUUGUGCACUCAACUGGAAGAAAUCCCCAAAGAUUUGUCAAGCGCACACAAAGCCAGCAUGGAUCAGAACUAUGGGUACCCUCCAACCAUCGAAUUGUUGAGUGGUACCAUUGUGUCCAUUGCUGCAACCAAGAGGAUACACCUGUUUGUUGAUGCCGUUGAUGAAGUCUCGGAUUGCAAAACAUUCGCGGAACACUUGGCCAACCUAGUGGAUUCCACAGCGCUGAUUAAGAUUUUUGUAACAAGCCGCAACGACGUGCAAAUUCAGAGGGUAUUCAAAAAUGCUCGCCGCAUCUCCUUGGCAGAGCAUCUUUCAGAUACCGAUGAGGACAUACAGCGAUUCCAAUGGGCAGCAUGCCAGCUCGACUCCCUGAGUCAAUGCAGAACUAUCCGCGACAUCAAAAGAUCCCUCCAAAAGCUUCCAAAUGGCUUAGAUGAGACUUACAGCCGAUUGUUAAUGAAAGUGCCGCCUUCAGACGUACCUCUGGUUCAGAAAACCCUGACAUGGCUUGCAUUUUCUCCCGUGCCCAUCACUCUGCACGAGCUGUGGGAAGCACUCGCCAUCGAGAAAGGGAACGACAUCAUUGAUGACGAAUCACGUCUCCGAAGUCCGCAAGACAUCUUGAUGAUUGGGAAAAGCCUCAUCACCGUCUCAAUGGAUGGUCAUGUGAUGCUCUCUCACCUCUCAGUCCGAGAUUAUCUCGUCUCAGCCGAGAUCGCCAAAAGUUCGGAGACCGCAAAGUUCUCACUUCGUGCAGAGCCGAGUCACCGGGAGCUAGCCCAAGAUUGCCUCACCUAUCUACUACUAUCGCCUCUGUCUAGUGGCCCCUCGGGUACUCAAAAGGACUACUUGUCUCGUCUGAAACAACUCCCGCUUCUCAAGUAUGCGACCAAAUACUGGUUCUACCAUGCUCGCAACGCAGACUACAGUGAAGAAACCCAAGAUCUGGCCAUGAGAUUCUUCUCGGAAGCUGCCCGGCAAAACUUCAUGUCCUGGGUGCAGGUCUUCAACGCGGACGCCCCGUUCAAGUGGGACGUGUAUCCCAGACACGCUACAUCACUCUACUACGCCUCCUCUCUAGGGCUAGAUGAAGUGGUUGAGUCUCUGCUCCAAUCGGCAACCAAGGAAAUGAUCAAUGCUCCGGGAAGCCGCUUUGGUGGUACCGCCCUACAUGCUGCAGCCAUAAGGGAGCAUGUCACGAUCAUCAAACGCCUUAUUAUCGCGGGAGCUGACCCAGCCAAGCAGGACUUCAACGGCGUAGCGCCACUCCACAGCGCUGCGAGCCAGGGCAGUCUAGAUGUGAUCAGAGUUUUGCUGAGUAACGGGGCUCCGAUUGACGUCAAGGACGGGAUGGACGGGACAACGCCCGUCGAAUGGGCUCGCUUGAGUGGCCACGAAAAUGCUGCGAGUCUCCUGCUCAAUGGACUGGGAGAGCGCACGUCGUCGUUUUCUUCUUUCUCGGAGUCGCCCUCCAGUACCAGGGAAUCUCGAACAACUCAGUCUUCGCUCACGCCAGAGGUACCCCAGGUGGAAUUAUGGCAGCCGGGUGUGGGGUUCUUUCCUGACUACUACGAAAAGCGCUCUGGACUAGACUCUUCGCUUGUCCUCAGUAUUACCAUUGGAGAAGAGAUAGCUCAAGUCGGUGGCGAGUUUUUGCAACCUCUGGGGAAAGGUGAUAAGCCUGGUUCAGUUUGGUAA